AUGGCUAUUGGGGACGCAGUGCAUACCGAGGUAGCAGCAGCAUUCCUGGAGCGACAGCAGCAGCAACAGCAGCUAGGCCAGUGCUAUCUGCCGCUGCGCAAGCAACAGCACAAACGGCAGCACCGCAGCAACAGUGGAACAGCAGCAGCAGUGCCCGUGCUGCUGCCGAGGUGGUCCUCCAGGAGGCGCUUGGCUGUGGGGGGGAUGCUGUUGCAACUGCUGCUGAAGCAUGCCAUGAUUGAGGCCCCGUAUGCUGCGGCAAAGGAGGAGCUCUCCAUAGAGCUACAGCAGCAACGAGCGGAGCAGCAGCGUAUACUGCUUAGCAGACGCCGCAAGCAAGAGGAAGAACAGCAGAAGCAGCAGCAGCUGCUGCUGCUGCACCAGCCGAAAACGACGCAGGCUCAGGCAACAGCAGCAGCAGCAGCGGUUCAUGAGUCUGCCGAAGACAUUGUAGCUUUAAAAGAAGCAGAAGCAGCCGCAGUUGCUGCUGCGGCUGCAGAAGAAGCCGCGAUCGCAGCGGAGGUGGCAGCAGAUGGAGCGGCAGACUCUGGGGUGUAUGUACCUCUCGGCGGGAGAGCAGCAAAGGAAUUGCAGCACCUUGUAGCCUACAGAUCUCGGCACGGCCACGACAAGGCUCAGGCAACAGCAGCAGCAGCAGCGGUUCAUGAGUCUGCCGAAGACAUCGUAGCCUUAAAAGAAGCAGAAGCAGCGGCAGUUGCUGCUGCGGCUGCAGAAGAAGCCGCGAUCGCAGCGGAGGUGGCAGCAGAUGGCGCGGCAGACUCUGGGGUGUAUGUACCUCUCGGUGGGAGAGCAGCAAAGGAGCUGCAGCACCUUGUAGCCUACAGAUCUCGGCACGGCCACGACAAGGUUGAGUUGCCGGCCUUUCGCCACCGCGUUCUGUACUGCGCCAAGCGGCGAAAGAAAUUUGGGAUAAUUGAAAUGCGGCGGCUUUGCUUCGACCGCCUGACAGCAGUAGGCACGGGUCCUGAAGAAGCAGCAGCAGCAGCAGCUGCUGCUGCUGCUGCUACUGCAAGUCCUGCUACAGAGACGACGAUGACACCGGCACCGGCCCUUGCGACAGCAGCAGCAGCAGCAGCAGCAACUGCUGCAGCUGCUGCUGCCGAUGCCCCGAACGGGUCGAAGAGUGACUCACGAGUCGGAGGAGGCGCGGAAGCCGCUGCUGCUGCUGCCGCAGCAGCUUCUGCUACUGUCCGUACUGCAACAGACCGUCUGUCCUCUCCAUUCUGGUUGAUGCUGAAGCACGUCCCCAUGCUGCUGCCCCCAGCCCCUUGGACCUCCUACGGCAGCGGUGGCUACUUUAUGCUGCGCACUGCCUUCGUGCGGAGUGUCUCCGACACAGACCCUGCCACCACCACCACCAGCAGCGAUUGCAGCAGCAGCAAGGAUUGCAGCAGCAGCAGCAGCACCGCAGCAUCCACGGAAAGAAUGCAAGACUCCGAGGAAAUUCCAGCCGAUACAGACGCUGCAACUUCACCUGGUGGCACAGCAGGCGGCAGCAGCAGCAGCACCAACAGCAGCAGCAGUAGCAACGGGUGCGGAGUGUCUCCGACACAGACCCUGCCACCACCACCACCAGCAGCGAUUGCAGCAGCAGCAAGGACUGCAGCAGCAGCAGCACCGCAGCAUCCACAGGAAGAAUCCAAGACUCCGAGGAAAUUCCAGCCGAUACAGACGCUGCAACUUCACCUGGUGGCACAGCAGGAGGCAGCAGCAGCAGCACCAACUGCAGCAGCAGUAGCAACGCGAAGAAGGGGGUCCGGCGCAAGAAAGGCAAUGAGAUAUACUUAG